AACUCCAAGUGACGAGGCUAUUAUCUAUAGCCAAGCAUCAAGCGAACUAGGCGUGCACGACCGAAGCAACCUGCAGAGCGGAGCAACGCACCAAUAAAGUCGCUGCCGCUCGAACUGAUGAUGCUCAUCCUUGAGAACGUCGACUCUCCGCACACGCUCGUCGCGGCGAGUCGUGUAUGCCGCAUCCUCCAACUCGAAGCCGAGCCUCUCUGUAUCGAGAAGUCAACCUACAGCACGUUUCGCGCGUUGGCAGUCUACAUCAAGCUCUCACAAACUCAUCCAGACGUGCAUCCCUCGUCAGCGUAUUCCGGAUGCAAGCUAAUGGAACAUUCGCGCCCGUGCUUCCGCUGGUGAACGAAAUACUCCUCGUGCUCACGAACCUCGCGCACCUGAGCAUCACACUCUGUGGACAAUCACAACUUCACAAUCCCGCACUCUACACCACCAUGCUGCGUACGCUUGCAAGGUGCACAUUCAAACUCACGUCACUCAAAAGUGGGGUGGUCAGGGAUCGCGAUUUCGUUCAUUUCCUCCGACAACAGACUCGUCUAGAGUCACUCCACAUAGGCGGAUCCGACUGGGACAUCCCACAAGACGCCCUUCCAAACCUCAAAUAUGUGAAGACAUAUCAAGCUUCCUCGUGCGGCACAUACGAGGCCCUCACGCGAUCACACACCUCGAUCUGUUCAUGAACCAGUCGAGUCGUCAGACAUUCAUUGAGGUCUUUCGAGCUGUGCGGCACCAGCUGGUUAGUCUGAAGUGCAGACGGGAGCCAUCGCCU